GGAAGCACCUCCAAAGCUUCCGUAGCAAGCUCUGUGUUGCUGCUUUGGCGCCCCUUAAAAGCUUUUGAAAAUACCAAUUCCCACUCCUUCUUCCCCAUCCUCUCUGCUCGUCUUCUGUUUCUUCUGUGUCUUUCAGUCGGUCGACGCCGUCGUCGUUAGAGCUACAAUCGGCGGAGCCAUGGAGCAGCAGAGCAAUCAGAAGACUGCCCAGCAACAAGACGAGCUCCAAGAAAUGCACCAUGGCCCUGUCCCCGUCGAUCAACUUCAGGCGUCCGGCAUAGCUUCCAUUGAUGUAAAGAAACUUAAAGAUGCGGGUCUUUGCACUGUUGAAGCUGUCGCUUACUCUCCCAGGAAGGAUCUUCUGCAAAUCAAAGGAAUCAGCGACGCUAAAGUUGACAAGAUCAUCGAAGCAGCCUCCAAACUUGUGCCUUUGGGUUUUACUAGCGCUGGCCAGCUCCACGCACAGAGACUUGAAAUCAUUCAAAUUACUUCUGGAUCAAGAGAACUUGAUAAGAUAUUGGAGGGAGGAAUUGAGACAGGAUCUAUUACCGAGAUAUAUGGCGAAUUCCGUUCUGGAAAGACCCAGUUGUGUCACACGCUUUGUGUAACUUGCCAACUUCCCUUGGAUCAAGGAGGCGGUGAAGGAAAAGCAAUGUACAUAGAUGCUGAGGGUACAUUCAGGCCACAAAGACUCUUACAGAUUGCAGAGAGGUUUGGACUCAAUGGUGCUGAUGUCUUGGAGAAUGUGGCGUAUGCUAGAGCUUAUAACACGGAUCACCAAUCAAGGCUCUUGCUCGAAGCAGCCUCCAUGAUGGUAGAAACAAGGUUUGCUCUCAUGAUAGUAGAUAGUGCUACAGCCCUGUACAGAACAGAUUUCUCAGGAAGAGGUGAACUUUCAGCCCGUCAAAUGCAUCUUGCAAAGUUUCUCCGGAGCCUUCAGAAGUUAGCAGAUGAGUUUGGCGUAGCUGUUGUGAUCACAAAUCAAGUGGUUGCCCAAGUGGAUGGUUCUGCAAUCUUUGCCGGUCCUCAAAUUAAGCCUAUUGGUGGUAACAUCAUGGCUCAUGCUUCCACCACAAGGCUUGCUGUUAGGAAAGGAAGAGGCGAAGAGCGCAUCUGUAAAGUGAUAAGUUCUCCUUGUUUGGCCGAAGCAGAAGCACGGUUUCAGAUCUCCCCGGAAGGUGUCACCGACGUCAAGGACUAAUACACGUCUCGUGUAUUUUUUUUUUUUUGGGGUAGCUUUGUUGUAAUAGAUCUGCAAGGAUCCCAGCAAAAUGUCACAAACUUUGUAUUUUCUUGUCUACAGUUUUUGUUCAAUUUUUGAACAACUUGCCAAGAGCUUGGAAAUUUAAAGGACCUUUUUUCCUUUC